CUCGGCCCAGCCAAGCAGCCCGUCCACGGCGACACGCAGCAUUCCUCGCGGCAAGCAUAGCAACACACGAGAGUCACUUGACGUGCUCUUUCGCUCAUCCAGAAUCUCUUAACUCAGCAUCAAACUCUGUCCGUCCAUCAAAGCUGAGCAGCAUCGAUUAACAGAACAUCGACAACAUGAAGGCUGGUCUUCUCUCGCUUGUGGCACUGGCUGCCAUCGCCCAAGCCCAGGUUCGCCGCGGUCACCGUCACGCUCACAAGCGUGAUACCGUCGAGACUGAGGUCGAAUAUGUCACCGUCUAUUCUCCAAAGGCCAUCGUCUACGUCGACCAAGACGGCAAUGUCAUCAAUACUUCGUAUAAUGGCGACCUUGGCCCAACACCUGCUCCAGCUCCCGCUCCAGCUCCAGAAAAGGCCCCAGAACCUGCUCCAGCCCCAGCCCCAGCGCCUGCUCCAGCCCCAGCACCUGCUCCGGAAGCACCAAAGCCAGCCGAGAAGAACGCGCCUGCAUACACUCGAGCUCCAACCGCCAGUGCUCCGGCAUCUGGUCAUGGUGUCUCUUACUCCCCAUACAAGGUCGGCGGUUGCAAGUCUCAAGACGAGGUGAACGCCGAUUUUGCCAAGUUCAACGACUUCAGCAUGGUUCGCAUCUACGGUACCGACUGCGACCAGGUCAAGACUGUCGUGACUGCUGCCAAGGCCAAGAAUAUGAAGGUCUUUGCUGGCAUCUACGACAUCACCCAAGCCGAGGCUGAGGCCCAAAAGAUCAUAGCUGCCGCACAGAACGACUGGAGUGUCAUCGACACCAUCUCUGUUGGUAACGAGGUCGUCAACGCGGGCACCCACAGCCCAGCCGAGGUGGUCGCUGCCCUCAACAUUGCCAAGGGUUGCUUGAAGGCAGCCGGCUACACUGGUAGCGUCGUCACUGUCGACACCUUCGUCGCAAUGAUCGCCCAUCCAGAGCUCUGUCAGGCUUCCGACUACGCAGCUGCCAACUGCCACGCCUUCUUCGAUGGAGGAAAGACUGCCGAUCAAGCCGGUGACUUCGUGUAUGAGCAAGCCCAGCGCGUCAAGCAGGCAUGCGGCGGAAAGAAGACCGUCAUCACCGAGAGCGGCUGGCCACACUCCGGCGCCACCAACGGUCUCGCCGUUCCAAGUCCAGAGAACCAGCAAAAGGCCAUCUCAUCCCUCAAGUCCAAGUUUACCAACGACCUCAUCCUCUUCACCGCAUUUGAUGACACCUGGAAGUCCAACAGCGCCGCCACGUACGGCGCAGAGCAGUACUGGGGUUUCCUCUGAGCACACAGCAUUGCAUAGAAAAUUUCGGCCAAGGAGGCCACGAGUUACGGCCAAGAGGUGUACGCAUCUGUUCGAUUCUUGCAUAGCCUAGGGAGGAGUGCGGCGUUUCCGGGUGUGUCAGCGGCUAUAAGACAGGAUGGACAUAGCUGCAAUUCGCGCUAGGGCGAUAGAUUCUUGCCUUGCAGCUUCAGGAUAGUUCCCCCCAUCCUCGAAGGUUGCAUUUGCGGGUCAUUUGCGAUGCCUUCUGUAUGAAAGAUAGCGAUAGCAUUAAACUUCACAACCCAGAAUAAGUUCCCAG